AUGAGCUCCUCUUCCAGCUCCGGCAUCUAUGUGAGCCGCGGGGUGGCCCUCCUGCUGGCAGGGCUGACGGCCGCGCUCUUGAUGGUGCUGGUGGCUCUGGCUGCCCUGUAUGGCAAAUGCGCACGCGUCCAGCCUUCAGAGCAGCAUAGCCCUGGGGUGAAAGGCACCGCAUUAUCCCUUCCCGGCGGACAGGAGCAGGGGCCACCAACCCGGACACCAGAGACUGCACCUGAGCCAGCGUUGGCCACCACCUCACAAGACUGGCGACCUCCGUCGGGGCCCUGGGACCAUCUGCGCCUGCCUCCCUGGCUUGUCCCGCUUCACUAUGAUCUGGAGCUGUGGCCCCGGCUACGGCCGGAUGACCUGUCCACGCCGAGUUUGACCUUCACGGGUCGCGUGAACAUCACUGUCCGCUGCACAGUGGCCACCUCGAGAUUACUGCUGCACAGCUUCGUUCUGAAUUACAAGCAAGUGGAAGUGUGGGGUCCCCUCGCCCCGGAUACUAGGGACGCCACUGUAGGCCGUGUGCCAGUGGAUAAUGUGUGGUUCGCGCUGGACAUGCACUACAUGGUGCUGGAUCUGGGCCAGGCCUUGCAUCCAGGUAGCAGAUAUGAGCUGAACCUCGGCUUCUCUGGCCAAGUGCUUCAGGACACCUCAGAGGGGCUCUUCCUGAACUUCUACACCGACCAGGGUGAGCACAGAGCCCUGAUUGCAUCCCAAAUGGAACCAACAUAUGCCAGGAAUGUUUUCCCCUGUUUUGAUGAGCCAGCUCUGAAGGCAACUUUUAACAUUACAAUUAUUCACCAUCCUGGGUAUGUGGCUCUUUCCAAUAUGCCACAGCUAGAUCAGUCUGAAAGAAUCGAUGUGAAUGGAAGUAGAUGGACGGUCACCACCUUCCAUACCACACCCCGCAUGCCAACGUACCUGGUUGCACUUGCUAUAUGUGAUUUCGGCCAUGUCAGCAGAACUGAGAGAGGCAAGGAGAUACGUGUCUGGGCCCGGAAAGAUGACAUUGCAGAUGGAAAUGUAGACUUUGCUGUGAACAUCACAGGUCCCAUCUUUUCGUUUCUGGAGGAUUUGUUUAAUAUCAGUUAUCCACUUCCAAAAACAGAUAUAAUUGCCUUGCCUAAUUUUGACAAUCGUGCAAUGGAAAAUUGGGGACUGUUGAUAUUUGACGAAGUAUCCUUGUUGCUGGAAGCAGAUGAUAAACUGACCGAGAAAAGGGCUAUGAUCUUGGCCGUCAUCUCCCAUGAGGUUGGGCACCAGUGGUUCGGGAACCUGGUGACCAUGAGUUGGUGGAGCAAUAUUUGGCUCAACGAGGGCUUUGCAUCUUAUUUCGAACUUGGAAUAAUUAGCUACUUCUAUCCUAAGCUUCCGAGGAAUGAGAUCUUUUUUUUUAACGUUUUACAUGGUGUUCUCAGAGAAGAUCAUGCCCUGGAGUCUAGAGCUGUGUCCACUGAGGUGGAAAAUUUCACAGAAACAAGUGAAAUAAAUGAACUCUUCGACAUAUAUACUUACAACAAGGGAGCAUGUAUGGCCCGGAUGCUUGAUGGUUUCCUGAACCAGCACGUGUUUAUCAACGCACUUAAGUCAUAUUUGGAGACAUUUUCUUACUCAAAUGCUGAGCAAGACGAUCUGUGGAGACAUUUUCAAAUGGCCAUAGAUGAGCAGAAUAUAACCCAUUUGCCAACAACAGUGAAAAGCAUAAUGGACAGCUGGACAUACCAGGGUGGUUUUCCAGUCGUCACGUUAAACGUGUCUACGGGUGUCAUGAAACAAGAGCCAUUUUAUCUCGAAAAGGCUGAAAAUCGAACUCUUGCAAACCACAAUAACACAUGGAUUGUCCCUAUUUUUUGGAUGAAAAAUGGAACCACACAACCUUUAGUCUGGCUAGACAAGAGCAGCAUGGUAUUCCCUGAGAUGCAACUUUCAGAUUCUGACAGUGACUGGGUGAUUUUAAACUUCAACGUGACUGGAUAUUACAGAGUUAAUUAUGAUGAGUUAGGUUGGAAGAAAUUAAACCAACAGCUUGAGAAGGAUCCUAAGGCCAUUCCUGUCAUUCACAGGCUGCAGCUGGUGAGCGAUGCCUUUGCCUUGUCUAAAAACAAUUAUAUUGAAAUUGAGACAGCACUUGAGUUAACCAAGUACCUUGCUGAAGAAGAUGAAAUCCUAGUGUGGUUUGAAGUCUUGGUAAACUUGAUAAACAGGAGUGUUAUUUCUGAUGUGAACAACUAUGCUAUAUACCCAUUAUUGAAGAAGUAUUUACUAAAGAGACUGAACUCAAUAUGGAAUACUUAUUCAGCUAUAAUUCGAGAAAAUGUUGCCGCAUUACAAGACAAUUAUUUAGCUCUGCUGUCACUGGAAAAAUUUGUUGAAACUGCUUGUUGGUUGGGUCUUGAAGACUGUCUCCAGCUGUCCAAAGAGCUCUUCAGAAAAUGGAUGGCCGAUCCAGAGACUGCAAUACCCUAUCCGAUUCAAAGAGUGGUUUUAUGCAAUGGCAUUGCUUUGGGAAGUGAUAAGGAGUGGGACUUUCUGUUAAGUUUCUACAUCAAUACAACUGAGGAAGAGGAAGGGACCCAUCUACUUCAGGCAUUGAGCUGCAGUAAAGAACCGUGGAUUCUCAACAGAUUUAUGGAGUAUGCCAUCACCGUGUCUCCGUCCCCUUUUAAUGACACAAAUAUAAUAGAAGUUGUGGCGGCAUCUGAAGUUGGCCGGUACGUGGCAAAGGACUUUCUAAUCAACAAUUGGCUGGCUGUGAGUCAGAGGUAUGGACCACAGUCACUAGAUGGUUUAGUGUGGGUCCUAGGGAGGACUGUAAGCACAGAUCUCCAGGUUAUGGAGUUGCAGUGGUUCCUGGGAAAUGUGUUGGAUGAACACCAGAGGAUUGCGGCUCAUGCCAAAUUACAGGCAAUGAAGACAGAGAAUCUGAAAAACAAGAAGAGGAUUGCCAGGAUGGCUGAGUGGCUUUGGAAAAACAUAUAAGUUGUGGCCACUUGUGGCAUGCUUUCUGCGUUUUAUAAUCGUGUUUGCUCACAGUUUUGUCUUCCAUAUUUAGUGACUCUGGAAAGCUGCAUGGCUUCUUUUAUUUUGGUUAUGUUUUUUUCUACUUAGUCAUGGCCUUCCUGUUUUCACACCUUUCCCCAUGGAUCAGUGAUUGCUGAGGAUUUUGUCAACACUGCCAUGUAUCUGGGCAAACCUUCACUUCCCAUUGAACAAUAAAGUCACCAAAUUUAAGUGCCUUGCAAAAACAAAAAACAAAACAAAACAAAACAAAAAAACCAAACCAAAACAAACAAAACAAAAACAAAAAACAAAAAAACAAAAACCAGAUUGACCUUAAAAUAUCUCACUUAUUUUGAUGUGAAGGCUAGUGUAGCAUUAAAUCUGUGGCAUUGACGUAGUGCAGAUUCUAUUCAGAUGGAAAUCCAGACUUGGAAUAACUCUAUGCUUUAUUUAGUUUAAAAAUGAAGGAAUGAUGGGAACACAACAUUGCAGUGUAAAGAAAGAGAAGCCAGAAAUAAAUGAGAUCACUAGGAGAUAGCACAACCAAAGGAAGCAGUCUAGUCAAGACUGAAAAGGAGGCAUGGACAAUUUCAGAAGUCAUAUCAAAUGCUUCAAAAGCAAAGAAAAAAAAAGAAAGAAAGAAAGAAAGAAAGAAAGAAAGAAAGAAAGAAAGAAAGAAAGAAAGAAAGAAAAGAAAAAAGAAAAGUCUUCUCCCCAAAGUCAAGCCAGAGCACAGUGAUCGCCAUUUCGUACUCCGGAGAACAAAUUCAGUUGGCCAAGUUGAACCUACUUGGAAUGUGGAGCAAUAGACUUUCAAGAGUUGCUGACUAAUACAUGGAAAGAGCUUAGUUUUGAUAUACACAGGAUAAAAACAGGACAGUGAAGCACACCGCUCCUGCUUCAGAUGCUGGGUAUCUCAUUCAGUCCUUUUUCCUUUACACUUUGUUGUUUUUUAGAAUGAGAGUCAAAAUCGCUUAUCUCCUAUCUACCUCACAGUAGUAUUAUAAAGAUUAAUGAAUAUGCUAUCAAUGAAAAGAUUUAGAACUUCCAGACAAGACUAGAAGCUUAGAAGAUUGUUUCAUGUGACUUUAUUAAUGAGGAGUCACGGGAAAGACUAUAUAUUCUAGGGACAGAAAGAAAGGAGAGCAUCAAGAAUCAUGAAGACAGAAGGACUGGAAACCAGCACAGAAACAGACCAAGAAGGGAAAGAAGAACUAGGCGAUGGUGUUCCACUCCAUCCAUGGUCUGUCACCGAGCACACACAUAUUCAAAAUUAACACUAUGUAAAUAGAAACGUAAGUCAUUAUACAUUCAAAUGUUUAUUUGAAAUUUGUAGCAUCUCACAUUACUAAAAUUUAAAAUAUCUCUACGUUUUCUAGAGAAGGCUUUGCAUCUAUAUACAUGGUGAAUGGAACAUAAAGUCACCAUGCUCAUGUCCCAACUUCCUCUACUCCAUAGUAAUGCUCAAGUAGCAUGCUGCUAAUUCAUACAACCAAUGAGGAACAGUCAUAAACUCAGAAUAUUAAAUUAUACCGCACCUUGCAUAUGGCUGUGCGUUUGUGUGACUAAUGAGACUUAAUGGAUGCAAAUAAAAACUUCUGUGUUGGAUAUCCA